CACUCAUACUUCAUUACAACAAAAUCAUUCGUCUUCAUCUAUAUUUCUUUUGAAAAAUAUUUAUUUGAUUCAUAUAUACAAUGGCUGUUGUAAAUGCUGCGAUGGAGGUCCCUUCUUCUCUUCCCGCUCCUAAACUUUUCAAGCUUUAUACAGACUUCAACAACAUUGCACCUAAAGCCGAACCACAGACUUACAAAUCUGUAACCACCAUCGACGGUGUCAAUCACGUAACCUACAGUGAUGAAUCCAGAUUCAACAGUGCUAAGAUCAGGUUUGAUGCAAUGGACAAGGAGAAGCUUACUCUAAGCUACACUAUCAUCGAGGGAGACAUCUUGUUGGGAAAACUCGAGAGUGCCAGCCUUCACGUUGACUUCAUUCCUUCGGCUAAUGGAGGGUCUGUAUACAAGCAGACAAUGGUGUUUAAAUGCAAAGGUGAUUCUAAACUAACUGAAGAAGAAGUAACACAAGCCAAAGAGUGGUACACAAACACUGUAAAGGCAUUUGAGGCUUAUGCCAUUGCCCAUCCUGAAGUUUGUUAGAUUCUCAUUGAAUGAUCAACAGAUUAGCUUCUGUUGUUUCAAUUCUAAUGUUGUGUACUGAAUAAUGGAAAUGGUUCCACUAGUGUGCUUUCAACUUUUUUCUACCAAGAUAAUGGACAUAUGUACAUGUCCUCUUAUGUUCUCAUUAACAAGUUUCAUGUAAUAACAGCUAAUGUUUAAAUGCUGUUACUAAGUCAGUUAUAUAUGUUAUGUUAUUAAAAUAAAUAAAUGUUCUUAUCCUUGGAUUUUUUUUGAA